CUAGCUUUUUUGGGUCACUUCAUUAGAAGAAAAAACAACAGCCAUAGUAUCCAAUGACCCACUUGCAUUCUUCUAUAAUUAGACCCCCUCCAAUGGAUAUUCUUCAGCAAGCAGGCGACCGUUUCUCUCCUCUAACAAUAGAUCUGCGCAAGAUGAGCAACGGUGACAGUCAUUGGAAUGACGAAGAUUGGAGACUCAAUAUCGUGCAAGAUGAGCAACGGUUACACUUUUUGGAAUCACGAAGAUUGGAGUCUCAAUAUCGCUGAUCCGAUAUUCGAAGUCGCGAAGGAACCACCAUUGUUGCUCGAGAAUUUCAACUCGUCGAGCUCGGUGUUGAGUGAAAGUAAAAAAAGAAAGCGGAAUUUAGAUCCCGGUAACUCACAAGAAGCUAAUGGAAAAGUCACGAAGAAACAACACCGGUGUCCAGGAACCUUUUAUACCGGUGAACCAUCAACCUCCCGGCAACAAGAACGUUUUAAAGGGAAAACCGUGGCGGGAAGGGCGAAGGUUUACAAGGAUCGAAUUAGCAGGCGGAUAAAAAACGACACGAAAGCAGACAAGGAUGUUAUUAUAUGGAUAGUUUGUAAAAUGAUGGCCAUUAAUGCCUCUCAUCUCUUACCACGAGUUCUCGGCUCCCUCGAGCAAAUCAAUACGCAAUGGCCAAUUCGACCUGACCUCCAACACAUAAAGCAAAAGAUUCAAGAAAUCGAGAGCAACUACAAGGACGACAGUUUAACCGACGAGGCAAACCGAAGAUUAGUUGAAGUAGGAGUUGAGUUGGAGAGAUUAGAUCAAGAACGGCUAAAGGAUUCAACAAAAGCAGGGAACCUUGAUGCAGUCUUCACGGAUUUUAGCAUGGAAAUUCUACAAAAGAGGUACGAUAGAUAUACAUGCAUACAUAUAUAUGUGCAUGGAUAGAUUGCAUAUGAUUCAUGUUUUAAAUACAAUGCAUAUUAUAUGAUAAAACACGUAUAAAUGUAAAAUUAAAAUUCAUGUAAAUAUCAUAUUAAAUCUCAAUUAAGUUAUAUGUAAUCAUAUACACAUCACUCUUAUAAAUUAUAACUUCUUAUUUUUUAUUGUUCUAGCUUUCUUCAGCAUGUCUGUGGCUGAUGUCGAAGAAACUACAGCAACUAAUCAUCUUAUUAUUGUUGAUGAAGAUCACGUUCAACAUCAUGGAAGUUUGCUAGCUCCUUAAGUGUUAUACUCUAAUUUUAGUCAUCUGAAAAGCCAACCUUAUGACAAAAGACAACUGGUAUGCCACCUUCAUAUCAACUACGACCGCGGCUCGCCACACCAUUGAGCACACUUUCAUCAUGAGCUGCCUCCGGUAAAAGUGCCUAGUAUUCAACGGUGAUGAAACAGUUUUUGAUUGUCAAGCCACCCUUGAUUGUCACGUCAUCAGUCUACAGGAUUACAUCACCGCCUCGACAAGGAGACAGGAUAUGACCCUACCGCCAACAAGAUGCUUACAUAUGGCAUCUCCUAUGUCUCAUAUAUAAGCUUCCUCACCUAGUAGGGGGGGUGGGACGAUUCUCAGUCCCUCUCUCUCUUUUCUCUCUUAUUAUCCUUCAUCACCUUAUCACAACAACUCUCCACUUUUCAAGGGUGAAGCACCAUUCACUUCUGUCAACUCUUCCCCUUCAACAACAAAUUGUGUUAUUUAAUUUUCCUGUUUCUCUAAUCCUGCAUAGACUUCUGCAUUUAAAACACUUUCUUCAACAUGGCCAUGGCUUUUUAGUGCUGUUCAAGAUCAAGAUCAUGGAAGUUUAUUUACUUGUGAGGAGUUGCAGUACUCUACUGUUAGUGAAUUAGAAAACGAACUUUAUGACAAGGACAACAAGAAAGUGGAUGUUACCGACUUCCAUGGCUUAGAACAAGCAUUGAACAACAUUCUCUGUUUUGAAACACCGGACUACCUCAAUCCUGUUGCGACCCGAAUCCAAAAUGUUCGUGGAACAGAUACCGAUUUUUGCUAUCACAAUAUUCAAGUUCUAGUUUGUGCCGCAAUCAAAGAGAUGGAAGAGGUAUCAAUUAAGGAAUUAAACUGGCACACAUUGAAAAAAUGGGCAGCGACACUCAAUCAGGCUAAGGGACUUGAUUUUGAAGUGGGAUUUGCUAACAAUCUGUUGCAGAAGAAUCUGUGUUCCUACUUUUGUCACUCGAGGAAUUUUGGACGAAACUGAAAAAGAAAAAACAGGGUUUGGGAAAUCAAAGGUGGCUGCUGAGCUGUCAUGUUUUGCAGUUGCAGUUGCAGUUGCAGCAAAAUCUUUGGUAAGUCACCACUAGAGUUGAGCUUUCUUGUUUUUGAGCGUUUUAUAUUUACUUUUCUCUAAGACUAUGGUUUCUGGUAUGAAAUCGUGUGUUUGUAUUGUGUUUUGCAUUUUUAUAUUUUCUGAUAAAUUGAUAUAUAUUUUUGAUAA